AUGUAUGAUUCAAAUGUUGCAGAUCCUGAAGAACUAAACAACUACUUUGUUAUUAUUGGUCCAAAAUUGGCGGCUAAAGUUCCACCUAACUUCACUUCUUUUGAUUCAUAUCUAAAAACUUACGAUAAACUUAUAGACGAAACUAGUUUGAAACAUAGCGAGCUGAGAGUUGCAUUUAGCAGUUUUAAGAGUAAAAAAAGGGAAGGUUUUGAUAAAAUUAGUGUUGAUAUUGUCAAAUCAGUAUUUGACAUUAUUGAACCUUCUUUAUUUCAUAUGAAUCCUAAAAACUUUUAUGGAUCUACAAAGAGGUUAAGAAUCCCAUUUCGAAAAACUGUUUUUCCUGUAAAUCAACCUAAACUAUCUGAAGUCAGUGAUCUUUCAGGAGAAUCUGAUGAAGACUUUAUUACAUCAGAGUCAGAAUCAGAAUAUGGUACUUCAGAAUGGGAUAGUGAGACUUCAGAUGGUAACGAACAACAGCAAGCUCCACAGUUAUCAUCAUCUAAAACACAUCAACAUUUACUGCAACAACCACAACCAACAUACCAACCACAGGAAAAAAAAAGAAAUCUUAUUUGGAAAAUUAAAAAAGAUGACGAUGUUCAGCAAAUAAACCUUCCAUUUCAAAACAGUGAAGAUAAAGAAGAUGAUAAUAAUGGAAUCUCAGAUGAGCCAAUAUCAUAUGUAAGAAGAUUUUUAACUGAUGAACUUCUUCAAAAGAUUGUUGAUGAGUCUAAUAAAUAUGCAUCACAAAUAAAUAUAGAGAAUAUGUUACGUUUGGAAAAAGAUGAACUUGAGCAAUUUAUUGGCAUUUUGUAUUUGAUGAGUAUUGUGAAGCUCCCGUCAACACGCAUGUAUUGGAGCAAUGAGUUGUAUUUUGAAAAAGUUGCUGCAGUGAUGACAUUAAACCGAUUUGAAAAAAUAAAGUUAUUUUUACAUUGUAAUGAUGACAGACAGCGUCCAGAAAACUGUACUGACAAGCUUUACAAGAUACGUCCCAUCAUUAAUAUGCUGAAAGAAUCUUUUAUUAGUCUGAAACAUGACAAAAUCCUGUGUAUUGAUGAACAGGUUGUUCCUUUCAAAGGAAGAUCCUCGUUAAAACAGUAUAAUCCUCAUAAGCCAAAAAAGUGGGGUUUCAAGUUUUAUAUCUUAGCUAGUGUUGAUGGACUAGUUAAUAAUUUUGAAAUACAUUCCGGUUCAAUUGAUGUUUGUGUAGGACAGCCUGAUUUAAAAGCAUCUGGAAAUAUUGUAAUGCAUCUGUUAGUCAAUGUACCAAGGCAUAAAUGGCACAAGUUGUUUUUUGACAUUUGGUACACUGGGUUCGACCUGGUGAAAACACUUUACCACCAAGGCAUAGCAUGCACUGGAACAGUUCGUACAAACAGGCUUCCAAAUAUUAAAAUGUCUACUGAUGGUGAAUUAAAAAAAGAAGGUAGAGGAUCAACAGCCAUUAGGGUUACCACAGUUGAUAAUGUUGAACUUCGCGCUAUUAAAUGGUUUGAUAACAGGGGUGUUGCAUUGUUAACAAGUUAUGAGGCAGUGAAUCCAAUAAACAUUGUAAACCGUUGGGAUAGAAAAACCAAGAGAAUUGUUCAAGUCAAACGACCAUCUGUUGUUACCACAUACAACACAUAUAUGGGUGGGGUGGACCUUCUUGAUGGCAUGUUGAGUCUUUACAGGAUCCAUAUUCGAUCUAAAAAGUGGUAUCACAAACUCAUUUGGCAUUUUUUUGAUUUGAUUGUAGUACAAGCAUGGAUACUCUACUGUAGAGACAUGAAAAAGUCACAAGCUUUAAAGAAAGAUAUUUUUCAAUUGCGCAUAUUUAAGCUGAAAGUUGCAAAAUGCUUAGUUCAGUCUGACAAGGCUUUAAGCAGUAGACGAGGACGACCAUCCACUUCUGUUGACCAUCUUCAUAGAUUAAAGAGGAAGAGGGGUCCUGCUGCUAAUUUACCUGAACCAUCCACUAGGAAAGAUAAUAUUGGUCAUUUUCCUUUUUUUGUUGACAAAAAAGGGCGUUGUAAGUAUCCAGGCUGCACUGGAAUAACGAAAGUUUUUUGUGAGAAGUGUAAAGUUCAUUUAUGCUUUACAUCUAAUUCAAAUUGUUUUCGAAAGUUUCAUGAAUAA